AUGUUAUCGCCGUUCGAAAAGUGCCAGGCUCGGGCACUCAAUUUGAACAACGCCAAGGCAAAGGACAGUAAAGUUAGUUCCAGGGUGCAAGAUGUUUUGGCUUCCAACAAACCAGCUGGAGCUAAUCCUGUGGCAGCGCUCGCUAAAGAUGAACUCUGGUGGUGUGAUCAUUUCCAGUGGCUAGGGGAGCUUGGAUACCUCCUUCGCCCAAGAUAUGCUCCUGGUUGGGUGCCGUCCUGGCAGAAUACCAAAAAAAGGUGGUAUCACUGCGAAGAUGCACAAAUACCUUGGUACCCACAUUUAUUGGACGCAACUCGAAUAGCGGACGGCUCAUACGUGACUUUGAAAGUUAUUAACAAAUCACGUCACCCUUUCGAGGCCGAUAUUGGACGUUAUUUCUCGUCUGGACCUAUAGCGAGCGAUCCUGCUAAUCACUGCGUCCCUAUAUAUGAACUUUUUCAAGUACCAGGAGAAGAGGACAAAAUUUUGAUGGUCAUGCCUUUACUGCGACAGUACGACGAUCCAGCUUUCGGCAGAUAUUCGAGGUAUCAGCUUGGCCUUCAAUUUAUGCACAAACAUCGCGUGGCCCAUCGCGACUGCAUGAACUUGAAUAUCAUGAUGGACGCGUCCUCGCUUUAUAUCGAUGCCUUUCAUCCUUAUGAUCCUGAUAUGAGGCGCGACUUUAAGGGUGAAGCGAGACAUCGCAGUCGCACGCAGUGCCCACCAAAAUAUUUUUUCAUCGAUUUUGGUAUAUCUCGUCGUUAUGAUCCUGGCGAUGAAGCACCUCUCGAAGAUCCCAUAUGGGGCGGCGAUAAGACAGUACCAGAAUUUCAACGGUCGAUUGAACCUCGAAAUCCUUUCUAUACCGAUAUAUACUACAUUGGUAAUGUCAUCAGGGAAGAUUUUAUACAGGGAAAAUCUGGAUUUGAAUUCAUGAUACCGCUAGUAGCUGACAUGGUCCAAGACGACCCAGUUAAACGGCCUUCUAUGGAUGAAGUGGUAGCUCGCUUCAAUAUACUUUGCAAGGACCUCAGUACCUGGAAAUUACGCUCCCGAAUCAUUGACAGAGAAGAUGAUGAAACCGGUGGUCUCUUCAGCAACAUUGCUCACUGGACGCGUCGUGCCAGUUUCAUAAUCGGGUGCAUCCCUCCUGUACCUUCUUCGUAG